AAAAGAGGAACUUUGGAGCAUCCUACUAAAGCAAGUUAAGGCCUGUAUCUUAAUCAGGACAAGAAGUGGAGCUAACAUUGCUGUUCAGCUUCUUCUCUGGACUUUCAACACUCUCUGGCAUCCAUCUGGGUUGUAAGCCAGGAUGCCCUCCAAUGGCAGUAAAGCCCUCAAGCUACAAUUCGGACUUAUUAAUUAUGAGAAUCGCUAUCUAACAGCAGAGGCCUUUGGCUUCAAGGUGAACGCUUCAGCUCCAAGUCUAAAAAAGAAGCAGAUCUGGACUCUGGAGCAGGAUGAGCAGGACGGUCAGGUGGUUUACCUGCGCAGUCACCUGGGCCGCUACCUGGCUUCCGACAAAGAUGGCAAGGUAAGCUGUGAAGCUGAAGCCAAAGAGAAUGACUGCCGCUUUCUGAUUGUAGCACAGUCGGACGGGCGCUGGGCCCUGCAGUCCGAGCAAUAUCUGCGCUUCUUCGGAGGUUCAGAGGACUACUUAUCCUGCUUUGCUCAGACCAUUGGUGAGGCAGAACUAUGGGCCAUGCACCUGGCUCUGCACCCACAAGCAAAUCUGCUUAGUGUGGCCCGCAAACGCUACGCCCACCUAGCAUCUCCAGAAGGAGAGAUUGCUGUGAACGGCAACAUCCCCUGGGGUGUGGAUGCUCUUCUAACUCUUGUGUACAUGGAUGGCAAAUAUUGUCUUAAGACCAGUGACAGCCGCUUUCUGAGCAAUGAUGGGAAAUUGUCCUCUGAAAAUGGUCGUGGGACAGGCUACACUUUGGAACUGAAAUCAGGCAAGUUGGCCUUCAAGGACUGUGAGGGGAAAUACUUGACCCCCAUGGGGCCCACUGGAACGCUGCGCUCUGGACGCUGUUCCAAACCUGGCAAAGAUGAGCUGUUUGAUCUUGAGGAAAGCCAUCCACAAGUGGUGUUUCAGGCCUCCAACAACAGAUUUGUUUCUAUCAGACAAGGAGUGAGUGUCUCAGCCAAUCAGGACGAUGAGACAGACAUGGAGACUUUUCAAAUGGAAAUUGAUAAAGACACAAGAAAGUGCAAAUUCAGAACUAACGAAGGGAAUUACUGGACGCUUGUCGCUCAUGGAGGCAUCCAGUCAACAGCCACAGAAGUCGGUGCCAACACCAUGUUUGACAUAGUGUGGCUCGGUCGACGGGUGGCACUGCGAGCCAGCAAUGGAAAAUAUGUAUGCACUAAGAAAAAUGGCCAGCUUGCUGCAGUCAGUGACUCUGUGGGUGAGUUCAUUCAAAAAUGUAUAAUAAGACAAUAUGUCACCCUGGUUUUUCCUCCAGGUGAGGAUGAGCGGCUGAUUCUGAAGCUGAUCAAUAGGCCCAUUCUGAUCCUGAGGGGAGAGAAUGGAUAUGUUUGCCACCACAAGAACUCUAAUACACUGGAUGCCAAUCGUUCAGUCUAUGAUAUAUUUGCACUGCAGUUCAACGAUGGUGCAUACCACAUUAAAGGUGCUGGUGGAAAAUAUUGGUAUGUUUCCACCAGUGGCUUGGUGUGCACUGAUGGAGACACACCUGAAGAUUUCUGCUUUGAGUUCUUAGAGCAUGGACGGAUAGCUAUAAGGGGCAAAAACAGCAAAUAUCUGCGUGGAGACCAAGGAGGCAAUCUAAAAGGAGAUGGAGAGAAUGCAGAAAGCUCUUCCCUCUGGGAAUACUGA